AUGAGGACAGUCUUGCUGCUGGGGCUGACGGCCUUCUGUCUCUGUGCGUUUGCUGCAGCUGACAAACAACCCGACCGACAGGUAGACAAAUCGUCCCGAGAGGAGGAUGGAGUUUUACAGCUGAAGAAAGGAAAUUUCAACAGGGCACUGAAAAAACAUAAGCAGCUGCUGGUGCACUUCUAUGCUCCCCUGUCUGGAGAAGGCCAUCGUAUCUCAACAGCGUUCGAAGGCGCCGCUGCAAAGCUCCAGGGGUCAGAGGUCAAACUAGCCGUGGUUGAUGUGUCAAAGGAGAAAGACCUGGCUAAGGAACUCAAUGUGACAGGCCUCGCCACAAUCAGGCUGUAUCUUUCUGGAGAUAAAGACAACCCUGUAACCUGUCCUGUUCCUCAGAGCUCGGCGUCCAUCUUGACCUGGCUGAAAAGGAGGUCGGGGUCUGCUGCUGACCUCAUCGCUGAUCUUAGCCAAUCAGAGGCUUCAGAGGAGCUGACGGUGGUCGGGUUCUUUAAGGAGCUGCACCACGAGUACGUCCAGGUGUUUUACGCUGCAGUGGUCGACCUUCCUGAUGUUAACUUUGCUGUGACACAAAACAAUGAAAUUAUCAGCAAAUAUGGUCUCACACAUGAUGUUGUACUGCUGUUCAAAAAGUCUAAGCUCAUCCAGGCUUACAAAAUGAUGCCUCAGACAUCUAAAGAGAUGCUGAUCAUUUUUAUCACCGUCUACCAGAUGGACCCUGUCACUGAGUACACUGGACAGACAGCCUCUCAGAUAUUAACAUCACCUGUGCUACACCACGCCCUCAUGUUUGUCAACACAAGCGCUGCUGACUUCAAAGAGAUCCACACGGCCUUUAACGGCGCUGCAGAAGCAUUCAGGUUGAAGAUUUUGUUUGUGUAUGUGAACGUGGACGAGCCUCGUAACGGCAGGCUGAUGGAGUACUUCCGGGUUCGGGAGUUCGAGGCUCCUCUCAUUCGACUGGUCAACCUGACGGACCAUGUGACCUAUCACCUGCCCUCUGACACUCUGGAUGUGCAGACCAUAAAAACAUUCUGCCAGUCCUACUUAGACGGCAAGGCUAAGCCUAAGAUGCAGAGUGAGCCGAUACCUGAAGGAUGGGACGAACAGCCGGUGAAGGAGCUGGUGGGAAUGACUCUGGAGCAAGUCGGCUUUAACCCCGACAGGACUGUUUUUGUCAUGUUCUAUCUACCCUACAGCCCGGAGUCCCGUGCGCUGUUUCCACUUUGGGAGGAGUUGGCCGAGGCCUUGAAGAAGCGAGAGGACGUGGUCGUCGCUCGCAUCGAUGCCUCAGCCAAUGACAUCCACAUGUCAAUGCAGGGCGCCUACCCGUCAUUAUGCCUGUUCCCUGCUCUACAUGCUGAAAGAGUGGUGGUUUACACCGGUAAGAGGAAGGUGAAGGAACUGGUGAAGUUUUUAGAUAAAGAGAUGGAGAAAGCCAAAAAAGACAGAGUCAAGGAGGAUGAAGACAGGAGGAAGUACAUCGAGGCUGCAAAAGCUGAAGAGGCAAAGAAACUAAACAAAACCAAAGACGAGCUUUAAUACAGAAAGAAAGAAAGUACUGUGUGUGUGUGUGUGUGUGUGUGUGUGUGUGUGUGUGUGUGUGUGUGUGUGUGUGUGUGUGUGUGUGUGUGUGUGUGUGUGUGUGUGUGUGUGUGUGUCAGUACUCUCUAAACCCAGAUCUGGUUUUAUCUAUUCAACCAAUCUGUCAUUAAC